AUGCGGCGGCAGCAGGGCAUGCGACUCGACGAGAGGUACGUCCCGUACCUGCAUAUGGCCGGAUUAUACCAUCUUGCAAGGAUGAACGAUAGAUGGUUCAGAUUGGAUGAGCCUCUUGUCAGUGCUUUCGUCGAGCGGUGGCGUCCGGAGACGCACACAUUCCACAUGCCGUUCGGGGAGUGCACCAUCACACUACAGGACGUGGCGUACCAGCUGGGCUUGCCGGUCGACGGACGUGACAGAUUUCCAGAUGUAAUCCAGGGUGGCCGUCCAGCCUGGGUGUGGUUCCAGGAGUUGCUUGGUGUGUUACCUCCUGCGAACCAAAUUCAGAAGUUCGCAGUGAAAUGCACCUGGUUCCAGGAGACUUUUGGAGAGUGCCCGAAGGGAGCCGACGAGGAGACAGUGAGGCGCUAUGCUCGUGCCUAUAUCAUGAUGCUGUUGGGCACUCGGUUGUUUGCCGAAAAGUCCGGCAAUCGUAUUCACAUCAGAUGGCUACCCUACGUGGCUAGGCUUGAGGAGAUGGGUGGCUACAGCUGGGGGUCGACAGCACUAGCGUGGUUGUAUCGGUGCAUGUGCCGAGUGACCAACAAACAUGUGGUGAAGUUAGCCGGCCCGUUACAGUUACUUCAGUCCUGGAUCUUUUGGUGCUUUCCUGGGUUUAGACCUGGUGGGUAUGAUACGUUCAGCUGGCCCUUGGCGUCAAGGUGGUCAGGUCACAAUCCUUCUGGUAGCGAGAAAGGACCUCGAGUGCAGAUGUGGAGGCUGAGGAUAGACCUGUUACAGUCCACGGAUGUGAGUAUACUCAUCGCUUAUGUUAACUUAAUUAACCUUUCAUAG